AGAAGAAUCACUUCCAGCACCAACUUUUGCUGACUUCAUUUCUAAUUGGAGUUUUGCCAAAAUAACUCAUAUAACUACGUUCUGCUCUCUUUUAUCUAAUUGGAGACAGGAGGAAGGAGAAGUGAAAGCCAAGCUAGGUAUUUCUAUGGAGGAGACGUUGUCGGAAAGGCGGAGUUAUCGCUGUUCUAGUAGCGCAGCCGAGCCUUCCUCCGAUUUGGGAGUCGAAAUACUUAUAGAAGAUGGCGAUGCGAAUCCCAGCGAGUCGCUCAGAAAGAAUUGCAGUAGUGCUGAUUUUGCCGGAAUUGCUUACGGUGGGACUACAGGUGAAGAUCCUAGGGACUUGUCAGAUAUUCAAAGCUUACCUCCUUUGCAAAUUGUUAUGCUCAUUGUUGGAACCAGAGGAGAUGUGCAACCCUUUGUUGCCAUUGGGAAAAAUUUACAGGAUUUGGACUGUCUAACGGUGCUGCUGGCAUUGGAAGAGAAUAUGUUCCAACCUUUACUUGGAAGGAGGGAGGAUGGUCACAGGGUGAGGUUGGCAACCCACUCCGAUUUUAAAGAGUUUGUCUUGGGUGCUGGGUUGGAGUUCUAUCCUCUUGGCGGGGAUCCCAAAGUUCUUGCUGCUUAUAUGGUAAAAAAUAAAGGUUUCUUUCCAUCCGGACCUUCUGAAAUAAAAAUUCAGCGCAAGCAAAUAAAAGAUAUUGUAUUCUCUUUGCUUCCUGCAUGUGUAGAGCCUGAUCAAGAAUCGAAUAUCCCAUUCGAGGUAGAUGCCAUCAUUGCCAACCCUCCAGCAUAUGGGCAUAAUGAUGUUGCAGAAGCAUUGGGAGUACCUUUGCAUGUAUUUUUCACAAUGCCAUGGACGCCUACAAGUGAAUUCCCACAUCCUCUUUAUCGUGCUUCACAGCCAGUUGCAUACAAAUUGUCAUAUCAAAUCGUUGACGGAUUAAUCUGGAUGGGCAUACGGGAUGUGAUUAAUGGCUUCAGAAAGAAAAAAUUGAAACUAAGGCCGACUACAUAUUUGAGUGACUCCUACAAUUCAUCAUCUGACAUCCCACAUGGGUAUAUUUGGAGUCCGCAUCUUGUUCCCAAACCUAAAGAUUGGGGGCCAAAAAUUGAUGUAGUGGGAUUUUGUUUUCUAGACCUCGCUUCUAAUUUUGAUCCGCCAGAACCACUUGUGAAGUGGCUUGAAGAUGGUCAAAAGCCCAUUUACAUUGGCUUUGGUAGUCUUCCUGUUCAAGAACCAGAGAGAAUGACAAAGACAAUUGUUCAGGCAUUGGAAAUGACUGGACAGAGAGGCAUUAUUAAUAAAGGAUGGGGUGGCCUGGGGAAUUUGACAGAGCCAAAGAAUUUUGUUUAUGUAUUGGAUAACUGCCCUCACGAUUGGCUGUUUGUCCGAUGUGCUGCUGUGGUGCAUCACGGUGGUGCAGGAACAACUGCUGCUGGUCUUAAAGCUGCGUGUCCAACAACUGUGGUGCCUUUUUUUGGGGACCAACCUUUUUGGGGCGACCGUGUACAUGCUAGGGGUGUAGGUCCUGCUCCUAUCCCUGUGGAUGAGUUCUCACUCGAAAGGCUGGUCUCUGCCAUUGAAUUCAUGCUAGAUCCAAAGGUGAAAGAGCGGGCAACUGAGCUGGCAAAAGCUAUGGAAAACGAGGAUGGGGCGAGAGGAGCUGUGGAGGCUUUCUACAAGCAGUUUCCUUCGGACAAUUCCAAAGCUAAAUCUAAACGAUCACGCCAUCUCAAAACUCAGCCUAGUAAAACGUCACACUGUCCCUCUAUAUUACGAUGUUUUUGCCUUCCCUGAAAGCAAUCAUGCUCAUAUUGAUGCAGAGUCAUUCACUUUCACUUCUAAAGAACUGGAAACAUCCCAUCUCUGUUUCAUGAAAAUAUGAACUAUUCUCGCUGAAGAUAAAAAGAUAAGCUUUAAAAUGACAAAUUUGCACUUCUUUUUUGUUUCAUACCGUCCUUUUUGUUGCUCUAGCCUCUAGAUACGG